GUGUUAUGAGGACAGUAUGAAAACGAAUUGAGAACGAAUAACAACGCGGUGGCAAUAAAAUUCGCAAUUACAAAAAAAAAAAAAAAAAAAAAACAGACAAUGAAAAUCCUUUUGGUGUGCACAGUUGUGUGUGCCCUGGUGGCGGUGUCCUUGGCAGGACCGGUUAAGAAACUAAAAAUCGAAAACAAUAUAUCGGAUAGCUCGAGUGAAGAGAGUAUUGAAAAUGUGGUCACAAAGAAUUUGAAUACCAUCAACAAGGAAGACAACUCCUCCAGUGAGUCCGAAGAGGAUAAAGAAAAAUCGGCCCAGGAUUCCGAUUCCAGUGAAGAAGCGGUUGAACAAAAACCCGAUACCAAAACCCUGUAUGUUGUCCGGGAUAAUGGGGAAGAUGGAUCACAAGAGAAUGAUGUCCUUGGAAAGAAGCAGUACACAGUAGUUGUUGUGGAUGACGACAACGAGGAGCAGAAUAGUUUAGAUAAUGGGCGCUAUCGACGUGCCAUUCAUCCCGAAUUGCCGAAUAACAACCACAUUCAUGUCAAGGAUUUGGCUACCAUGGAGAGUGAGAAAAUGUUCAAGCUGAAACGAGCCCGUCGUGACAGUGACACAUCAUCAGAAGAAAGCUUCGCCGAGGACACACCAAACCUGGAGGAUUCACUGGAACAAUUUGUUCCAUCGGGAAAUCAGAAAAUGGUAGCAAGGUAUGCAAGACAUACCGACAAUUCAUCCGAGGAGGACUCGUCCGAAGAGAAACAAGCCGCUGCUGAAAAAAACAGUGAACAUGCAGCCGAGAAAGCCAAACACGAUGAGGCCGUAAGGCGUCGAAGAAAUGCCGAUAAGUCUUCGGAGGAGGAUUCCUCGGAAGAAAAGAAAGCGGCAGCUGAUAAGCCAAGUGAGGCUGCAGCUGAGGAGGUGAAACACGAGGAGGCUGCUAGACGUCGCAGGAAUGCUGAUAAGUCCUCGGAGGAAGAUUCUUCGGAAGAGAAGAAAGCGGCCGAUGAAAAACCCAGUGAGUCUGCAACUGAGGAGGCCAAACAUGAAGAGGCUGCUAGACGUCGCAGGAAUGCUGAUAAGUCCUCGGAGGAGGAUUCCUCGGAAGAAAAGAAAGCGGCAGCUGAGAAGCCCAGUGAGGAUCCAGCUGAGGAAGCCAAACACGAAGAGGCUGCUAGACGUCGCAGGAAUGCUGAUAAGUCCUCGGAGGAAGAUUCUUCCGAAGAAAAACAGGCAGCAGCUGAAAAACCUAAUGAGUCCCCCGCAGAGGAAGCGAAACACGAAGAGGCAGCUAGACGUCGAAGAAAUGCUGAUAAAUCUUCGGAAGAAUCUUCCGAAGAAAAUGAAGUAGCAGCCAAAAAACCCAGUGAGGCUCCCGCUGAGGAAGUCAAACACGAAGAGGCUGCGAGACGUCGGAGAAACACUGACAAAUCCUCUGAGGAGGAUUCCUCGGAAGAAAAACAUGCAGCUUCGAACAAACAUAGUGAUGGCGCAACAGAUGUCGUGGUGGCAUUAAAACCUGAAAAGGCCGAAGAGGCAUCUCCCAGCGAACAAGAAUCUGCCCGAAGACGCCGCCGUAACGCAAAUUCUUCAGAAGAAGAUUCUUCCGAAGAACAAAGCAAGACCGCUGGAGAUCCAGCAACAAAUUCCGCUGCCAGACGUCGACGCAAUACCUUUGCCGGUGACCUAUAUGUCAGUGAGGAGUUACCAAAAAUCCGCAACAUUGUCAGCGAUUUGGAUUACAACGAAGUAAUUGUGUCGCUGAGUGCCGAAGAGAAACAAAAGGAAAGUGAAAGAUAUUUACUAUUCGACAGGGAAGAAGAUAACGACAAAUCCGAUGAAGAAGAGAAAAUCGUAAUAGAUUCACCGGAGAAUACCAAAAACGAAAAGAACAGCUCCGAGGAGGAUUAUGUUAAGGGUUGUGAGGGCAAUGAUACCUCCGAUGAGUCGAAUGAAUUAAAUGAAACCACUUACGAUUAGAGAAGCUAAGUAAGGAAGCAGAAGUCAAGAAUCUGCAUGUAGUUAUAUAAAACAUAAAAUAAUAAUAAAAAACAAAAACAUAAAAUAAAUUAAAAACGUAGUUAAUUAUUCACAAA